AAGUCACGUGGUUUCCAGGAAUUGUUUUCUUUUUUCAAAAAGACAACAAUUGAAAUCUUUCGUAUUUGAAUUUUGCUCGAAGGCCUAUUGAUGUGGAUUUAAGGAUUAAAUUGAUCUUUUGACUUAUUCAAAGUUAAUCUUCUAUUAUCGGUGACCAUGACUGGCCCAUCGCCUGUGAUUGGUUCAACUCGUCGAUUGGAAUCUCAUCUUCUUGGUAUAAAACAUGGUCGCUAAUUCAUUGGAAGCUUCAUCUCUCGAUGUCCAACAAUCGCCCAUCAUCGUGUCUCCAGUUGCCCAAACUGCUUCCGUUGUUCAAACUCCGAUUGUCAAUUCGCCAGUAGGUUCAACACCAGUUCUUGUUGAGCCACAGUUUCAAGAACUUCCAUUAGAUGUUCAAUUACCUUCUGUUGUUGACACCGAGGAAGUUUCUAUCGCCAAUUCACCGACUUAUUUGAAAGAAUUCUCGAUGACCGAUCAUCUGUUUCCUUCAUUCAAGAAAAUCAGUUCUUCUUUCUCAACUGGAACCUCUAAAUUCAAGUCAAUUUUACCAGGAAAUCCAUUCAAAAAAUGGUCUGGAAAAAGCGAAGAUGUCGAGAUAGUUGAGGAAAUUCCAGUGGUCGCAGUGAAAGAACGUGUGGACCCAAUUCCUUACAAAUUCAAUAGCGAGAUCCCUAAAAAGCUCAUCGCCAAAGCCGCUGCUGUUGGUCAGGCCAAACUGACCCAAUUGGCUGCCGCUAACAAAGGUAAACUGAAUGGACCAGGAUUACUGGAAGCAAGUGUCAAGGUUCAACAUCCAAUUGUUGGUAAACAAUCAGCUAAAAUUAAGCUUUCAACUGUUUAAUAUCUGAAAAUAUGUAAUAAUAAUCAAAGAAAAUAAUUGAUAGAGAUGAUUGUUAAUGCAAAUUGAUGAGAAAAUGUUUAAUGAUUGAAUAAAUAGUGAGUGCAAUAAAAAACAAUCAGAUUAA